UAAAGUUGAUAUUCCUGUUUAGCCAUACUACACCGAAACGUCGAUAUAUAAAUUCAGAUCUAUAGAGAAAGAGAGAUUUUCAGUCGGUGCAUUCUACAACGACAUUUCGAUUGUAAUUUGGGAAUUUAAGAGAAAGUUCGAGUUUAAUCGUGCGGUCCUGUUCUAUUAUCUAAUGACUGGUGACAGAUUCACUGCAGCAGCAUCAAAACCCAUGACAGCGAAUCAUGCGGAGCGUCUCGAUCUGCUGCUGGUCGUUAUAUGGGAUCAUUAAAUACCGAGGUUUUCUGUAGAGUGCAGAUAAUGCUGAUAAGGAUGCAGUCAAACCUCAUGGACCACAGAGCUCAGAGAGACAAGAGCAGGGCCAGCUACUUUGGAACUGUUAAGAACAGAUUGGGAUCAAAGCUGCCGGCUGGAAUUUCGCAGCCUCCAGGCUUCAUUACUGCUCAGUGUUCCAUUGGCGCUCAGGGUGCGCUGGGGAAGAGUGCUGGGCAGGAAAGUGUCAAAGGACAUCACCAAAUCCGGAACCCCAAACUAAGACAGUACUAUCUAAAGGAGGCUGCGUUUCCAGCUAAAGAUCCAACAAGGAAGACUUUGGAGUCAUGCAAAAAAAUUGAACAUGGAUUACCCAAGAACAAGGCCUCAACCUCUACAGAGACGGCUUCUGACCUGCGUCCUAGACAAGAGCAAAGACUCGAUCCUGCACUCAACGUUGGUGUUGUAGGAGCAGCGACACUUGUGUCCCCUUCCACAGAUGCAGAAUAUGACAAGCUGAUGGAUGUGGAGGCGGUUCCUUUACCUGAUGGAAAUGUAUGUCUAUUGGCUCUCCCAUCUGAAUGCUCUCAGGGGGAGGGGCCAGCCGGCAUGUCUUGCCUCAAACUAUUUUCUCGUUACAUCACAGACAGAAAGGGUGUGGUCUCUGGAAUAUUGCUGGUGACGUCCAAUAAGAUCUUCUUUGACCCUCAGAAGUCUCACCCACUCGUUCAGGAGCAUGGCUGUGAAGAAUAUGUAUUUUCCUGCUCUGUGGAUGAUCUUGCCUCCGUUUCCUUCUACACGGACAUCUCUCACAUUCACUUCAACAAGACAACAUACAGAUUUAACAGUUGUAAGCCAUCAAAGAGUAAAAAAGAGCACAAGAAAACCCGUCAGUCAGCAUUAGAGGCCGCUCCUGCUCCCAAGUCCUCUGUUUCACAUGAUCCGACAGCAAUUUCGGGUGCAAAUCCUGAGGAAGAGGAUGAGGAAGGUGGAGAGGCAGGGGACAUGGCCAAAGCUGAGAGACAGCUGACUUUGGAGUCCGGAGGAAUGCUAACAGCAGCUGCAACUUUCUGUUGUGGAGGACCAGACAGCGUUCAGAGAGGAAACAAAGCAUAUGAACACACAGACAGAACAGAACAGCAAUCAUAUUUGGAAAGACAACUGUUAGGUACUUGUGCUGCUACAUCUAGUAGUGGUAUAAAUGGAUCUCUGAUGUUUGUGAGAAUUCGACACAAACUUCAGUAUGUUAAAAAGAAGGCUUUCUCAAAACCUAAAAUCCCCUCCAGAGACGCCUGGUUCACCCUGCAGCAGGAAAGAUCAGAUGAGCUUUACGCUUACCUGAGCCAGCAUCGGCAAGAUCUGUGCAUUCUGGAGGGAGGUGAAGAGGACGAAGCAGAGCGUGAUGAAGAGGAUUUUGUGCUUUUGGAUGAGGAUGAGCAGGAGGAAGAGGAGGGGUCUCCACAUGAAGGCCAGGCUGGGGAAGACUGGGAGAUGGUGUCAGUGGAGGAGAGUGGGCCGAAAGCUUCUGUCUCUACUGAACCAGAUGGUUUGAGUCAUAUUCUGAACCAGAGUGUCAUCCUGGACGCCCAACAAGUUAGAGAGAUCGCAAAAGAGCUGCCGCCUCGUACAAUCGGAAACACGUGGCAGCUGUCCUACAGCACAGACAAACACGGGGCCAGUCUCAAGACUCUUUACAGGAAACUCAGCACCACUGACUCACCUGUGCUGAUUCUCAUCAAGGACUACAACCAGCAGGUUUUUGGGAGCUUCCUCUCACAUCCGCUGCAUCCUAGUGAUGCAUUUUAUGGCACUGGAGAGACCUUCCUGUUCCUGUCUCAUCCACGCUUUAAGUGUUUCCAUUGGACUGGGGAAAACUCUUUUUUUAUCAAAGGAGAUUUGGACUCUUUUGCCAUUGGAGGAGGAAGUGGUCACUUUGGUUUGUGGGUGGACGAGAGGUUGUUCUUGGGCAGAAGCAGCCCCUGUUUCACCUUUAAUAACUGCAGUUUGUCUGAGACCAACGACUUCACGAUUCUGGAGUUGGAAGCCUGGACAUUCGGCUGACACAACUAGCAUUGUAAAUAAUCCAAAACAUCAUGAUUUAGUGGAAAUAUGGCCAUUAACAGAUAAACUAAUUCUCCACAGUUUACUGACACCUGUAAAUCAAAGGAAAGAGACGAUGCGAACUGUGAAUGCAGAAUAUUCUGCCUGAAGGGAAGUCAAGGGAAUGAAAGUUCACCUAACAUCUUUAACACCAUGAUGAAGAAAACCUGUUUCGUCUUGUGAUUAAGAUGCUUUUCGGUCCAGUUCAUUAUUUGAAUGUGUGCACUUCAUCAUACAA